ACGUUCAGUGUUGCAGCACCUAAAUACCUUUUGACAGCCUAUCAACUUGGGCUCUUCUUUGAAGCUUCGAAUAUGUUGAGAUCUCUAAACAACAACUUUUUCACGUAACUGGUCAAAACUGAAGGAGGGAUGGCCAGUUCAGCGCGAGACCAUCUGCUUUUUGUGAGACGUCGCAACCCACAGCUACGAUAUACUCUGAGCCCGGAGAACCUGCAGAGUUUGGCCUCUCAGGGCACCAUGGCUGAGAACAUGAACUUGCAGCGGGCCAACAGUGAUACCGACUUAGUCACCUCGGACAGCAGGUCUAGUUUGACAGCAAGUAUGUACGAAUACACCUUGGGGCAAUCUCAGAACCUCAUCAUCUUCUGGGAUAUCAAAGAGGAAGUCGACCCAACUGACUGGAUAGGACUUUACCACAUAGAUGAGAAUUCUCCAGCGAAUUUCUGGGACUCCAAGAAUCGGGGGGUGACUGGCACACAGAAAGGACAGAUUGUAUGGCGGAUUGAGCCUGGCCCGUACUUUAUGGAAUCUGAAAUAAAGAUCUGCUUUAAAUACUACCAUGGUGUUAGUGGAGCCCUCCGAGCUACAACUCCAUGUAUCACUGUGAAAAACCCUGCUGUGAUGAUGGGAGUAGAAGGCAUGGAUGAAGGUGCUUCUGGAGGCCAGCACUCUCGGAAGUUAGUCAGCUUUACCCUUUCAGAUAUUAGGGCAGUUGGACUUAAAAAAGGCAUGUUCUUCAACCCUGAUCCUUAUCUAAAGAUGUCCAUUCAGCCGGGCAAGAAAAGUACGUUUCCCACAUUUGCUCAUCACGGUCAGGAAAGAAGGUCGACUAUCAUCAGUAACACAACUAAUCCUAUUUGGCACAGAGAGAAAUAUUCUUUUGUUGCACUUCUAACAGAUGUCCUGGAAAUUGAGGUUAAAGACAAAUUUGCCAAGAGUCGUCCUAUCAUCAAGCGCUUUCUUGGGAAGUUAACCAUACCCGUUCAGAGACUAUUGGAGAGACAUGCCAUUGGAGAUCAGGUUCUCAGCUAUAAUCUUGGCAGAAGGCUCCCAGCUGAUCAUGUCAGUGGAUACCUCCAGUUCAAAGUGGAAAUCACAUCUUCUGUUCAUGAAGAUGCUUCCCCAGAAACAGUGGGUACUUUGCUGGGAGUGAACUCUGUCAACGGAGACCUGGGGAGCCCCUCUGACGAUGAGGACAUGCCAGCAGGACAUCACGAUACGUCUACAGUGUGUUCCAAUGGGCCGGUCCUCGAGGAAUCUUCUGGAGAAGCAAUUCCCAAACACCCUUUAAGGACUAGUGCAACUCUGGAAACGGACCAGGAUGAGUUAACCUCUACUGCUUCAAGAUCAUCACCUACCAGAGGUCGCCAGGACUCUCUGAAUGACUAUCUGGAUGCAAUAGAACACAAUAAUCAUCCCAGACCUGGGACAUCUGUUUGUGGUGAGCGUCCCCUUGGGGCCUCCCCAAAGCUGAGGAGUAGCUUCCCUACUGACACAAGACUUAAUGCUAUGCUUCACAUUGACUCCGAUGAAGAAGAGCAUGAGCUACAUCAAGACCUGGGCUUUCCAUCCUCCUUGGAAGAUGAUGGUGGUCUAGUAAUGCUUAAUGGUGCUACAAGAAAUGUUGAAAGAAAUGGUUCAAGUUACUCCUCAGACCAGAUAAUGCAAGGACCUGCAGAGAAUGAAGGUGCUUCAGCCUCUGAAGCUCCUUUGCAAUCAGCUGAAGACCAGCAAGAGGCUCUCCAAGAGCCAUCAUCCCAGGUGGCAGGAGAUGAAAGCCUGCAAGACUCUCAAAGUGACCCACCAGCAGAACAGAGUGGCAGUGAGUUAUGUGCUGCUCAGGAGGCAGAGCAGCCCCCUGGCAGUGCGGACUCGGGAGCUGUCGAUGCUGCUGCUGGGAGCAGAAGAGGAGCUAGUGAGACGGAAUCCAUCGACCAAGGCUCUGAACCUUCCCAGGUGUCAUCAGAAACGGAGCAGAGUGACCCUGCUCGCACGGAGAGUGUGAGUGAGGCUAGUACCAGGCCGGAAGGGGAGAGUGAUGUGGAAGGGGCAGACAGCUCUUGCAAUGAAGGUGCCACCGUGCAGCGUUCCUCCGUCGGAACACGGUGUUCUUCUUUGGAAAGCGCUCGCUUUCCUGAGACCCCGGCCUUCACUUCUCAGGAAGAGGAAGAGGGAGCUUGUGCCGCUGAUGCCGCUAGGACUGAGCCUGUGGCUGAAGCACAGGCCUCUGCAGAUACUUCUGGCUCUUUACCCGCCAUACAGGUCCCUCAGGAGGAGGUGCAGGAGGCUGAAGCAGGGGAAUUGCAAGACCAAGAGGAAGCAGAAGAAAUUUGGCAGAGGAGGAGCAGCCUGCAGGCAGCAGCGGCCGGCAGCCAGUCUCAAGAGGAGGAAACUGAAGGAGCCCAGGCAGCUUGUGAGGGGGCUACAGCAGAGCUUGAAGGAGCUACUGGAGGUGCUCAAGCUAAUGGCCAUCAGCCGCUGAGGUCGCUGCCUUCCGUGCGUCAGGAUGUUAGCCGCUACCAGAGAGUGGAUGAGGCUCUACCACCAAACUGGGAGGCUCGUAUUGACAGCCAUGGGCGAAUUUUUUAUGUGGACCACGUGAACAGGACCACGACGUGGCAGCGACCCACAGCCCCCCCAGCCCCACAGAUUCUCCAGAGGUCAAAUUCCAUCCAGCAAAUGGAACAGCUGAAUCGCCGGUACCAGAGUAUCCGAAGAACCAUGACUAAUGACAGGCCUGAAGAGCACACAAAUGCCAUGGAUGGAGCUGCAGAGGAAACGGAUUUUCACCAUUCUAACGCAGAUUUUCGACGAGAGAACAUGCUGCCUCACUCUACCUCCAGGUCCAGACUUACGUUAUUGCUCCAGUCUCCCCCUGUGAAAUUCCUCAUCAGCCCAGAGUUCUUUACAGUGCUGCAUUCUAACCCCAGUGCCUACCGCAUGUUUACAAAUAACACGUGUUUGAAGCACAUGAUCACCAAAGUCCGGCGGGACACCCACCACUUUGAACGCUACCAGCACAACCGGGACCUGGUUAGCUUCCUCAACAUGUUUGCCAACAAGCAGCUGGAGCUGCCACGAGGCUGGGAAAUGAAACACGACCAUCAGGGCAAGGCCUUCUUUGUUGACCACAAUUCCCGAACCACCACAUUCAUCGACCCCCGGCUGCCCCUGCAGAGCAGCAGGCCCACGAGCGCGCUGGUCCAUCGGCAGCACCUGACCAGACAGCGCAGCCACAGCGCGGGAGAGGUUGGAGAGGACUCCCGUCACGCAGGACCACCGGUUUUACCAAGGCCAUCCAGUACCUUUAAUACAGUCAGCAGAGCUCAGUAUCAAGACAUGGUUCCAGUGGCUUACAAUGACAAGAUCGUUGCAUUUUUGCGACAGCCCAAUAUCUUUGAAAUUCUACAAGAGCGUCAACCAGAUCUUACCAGGAAUCAUUCACUCAGGGAGAAGAUCCAGUUCAUCCGGACGGAGGGAACCCCUGGGCUGGUGCGUUUAUCCAGCGACGCAGACCUUGUCAUGCUGCUCAGCUUGUUUGAAGAGGAGAUAAUGUCAUAUGUGCCGCCACAUGCCUUACUUCAUCCCAGUUAUUGCCAGUCCCCGAGGGGCUCGCCGGUGUCCUCGCCUCAGAACUCUCCAGGUACUCAGCGUGCCAAUGCCCGGGCCCCGGCUCCUUACAAAAGAGAUUUUGAAGCCAAGCUGAGGAACUUUUAUAGGAAGUUGGAGACUAAAGGAUAUGGACAAGGCCCAGGGAAAUUAAAAUUAAUCAUCAGAAGAGACCACUUGCUGGAAGAUGCCUUUAACCAGAUUAUGGGUUACUCAAGAAAAGACCUGCAGAGAAAUAAGCUCUAUGUAACAUUUGUUGGGGAAGAAGGGUUGGACUACAGUGGACCUUCAAGAGAGUUUUUCUUCCUGGUGUCUAGAGAGCUCUUCAACCCCUACUAUGGUUUGUUUGAAUACUCAGCCAAUGAUACCUAUACAGUACAAAUAAGUCCUAUGUCUGCUUUUGUAGACAAUCACCAUGAGUGGUUCAGGUUUAGUGGUCGGAUCCUUGGUCUUGCUCUCAUACAUCAGUAUUUACUUGAUGCCUUCUUUACACGGCCCUUUUAUAAAGCUCUCCUCCGAAUACUGUGUGACCUAAGCGACCUGGAAUACCUUGAUGAGGAGUUUCAUCAGAGCCUGCAGUGGAUGAAGGACAAUGACAUACAUGAUAUCCUAGAUCUGACAUUUACUGUGAAUGAAGAAGUUUUUGGGCAGAUCACAGAACGGGAGUUGAAGCCAGGAGGUGCCAACAUCCCAGUUACGGAGAAGAACAAGAAGGAAUAUAUAGAAAGAAUGGUGAAAUGGAGAAUUGAGAGAGGGGUUGUACAACAGACAGAAAGUCUAGUUCGUGGCUUCUAUGAGGUAGUUGAUGCCAGGCUCGUGUCUGUAUUUGAUGCAAGAGAACUGGAACUGGUCAUAGCUGGAACAGCAGAAAUAGACCUGAGUGACUGGAGAAAUAACACCGAGUAUAGAGGAGGUUAUCAUGACAAUCACAUUGUAAUUCGGUGGUUCUGGGCUGCUGUGGAAAGAUUCAACAAUGAACAACGACUAAGACUUUUACAGUUUGUUACAGGCACAUCCAGCAUCCCUUAUGAAGGGUUUGCCUCCCUACGGGGGAGCAACGGUCCGAGAAGGUUCUGCGUGGAGAAGUGGGGGAAGAUCACUGCUCUUCCAAGGGCUCACACUUGUUUCAAUCGUCUGGACCUUCCCCCUUACCCGUCAUUCUCAAUGUUGUACGAAAAACUGUUGACAGCAGUGGAAGAGACGAGUACGUUUGGACUUGAGUGAUUCGCUAGCCACAGUGCCCAGCUCGGUGGACGUGGUGGAUCUGUCUUCUCAAAGGCUGAACGAACGUUUCUAUCGUGUUUCCUAGCGGAAAAUGGUUUCACUGUACAAUUCGGGAAACGGGAUUUGGGGAGUGAGCUUGCAAAGGACUUGAAGGCCCUGUGGCAGUGGCAGAUCCUCCACAGAGACACUGGUGUGUGCCUGGCGUGCAGGGAGAGUCAGGUCUCGCCAUCCACAGGUCUUGAGGACUGCCAAACUUGUUACGUUUGUGCGCCAGGAAACGCGGUCCCGUGCUGCGAUCAACACGGCUGCAGCAAAACCCACCUACACCCAUAAACUGGGGCUCACCAAAGUUGCUGAAUAGGAAAUUUCGGGCAAAAUGAGAAAUCAUUCAGCCCCCUCAUUACAUAAAUGAAACAAAUUUACACCGUAGACAUGUUUUUUAAAAAAGAUUCAUAAGGGUUCAUUAUUUUAUGCCAUAUAUUAGACUAGAAUAUCCAGUCCUUGCUAUACCUAAGACUACGAGUGCCUGCAUGGUGUGCACCAUAGAUUGCAGCUUCCUGGGGCACAAGUGAGUUGGAAGGAAAGUCUGCAGCAAAGGACAUCGCAGCCACGGCUGGCGCUAAGGAGGUUUGUGGAAUUGUAUAUGCAAGCGGUGUGUAUGGCAAAAAAACAGACAAAAAAAAACCCAGAGCUAUCAUAAAAUGAACUCAAUAAGACUGAUUUUAUGCUUUAUACUGCAUGGAAACUGUUUUAAGAAGAAACUAGCAAUUUAUCACAGCAUAUCAGGAAAAGAAUCCUUACACAGUGACUUCUGUUUAUUUUUAUAGGUUCAUUAUAUUAUGAGUUUCUUAGAGUGUGAACAGGAACCAAGCAAACUAGAAAUGCUCUUUCUGUUUUUGUCACGUUUCAUGCUUCAACAGGCAUUGUGCUAGUGUUUAUUCUUUAAGCACUCUCAAGGGAAAAAAAAUGCCUUUUAUUUUUAUAAGGGUAAAAAAAAAACUCCCAAAAUAUUUUGCACUGAAUGUACCAAAGUUGAAGGGACAUUAUGAUCUGACUGACAGCAAUCUGCAUCACUAUCGAGUAUCUAUAAAAUGCUUAGGAACCAGGCUUUCUUCACGGUGCCAUGUCUAUAGAUAUCAGGACUGAGCACAUAAGUAAUAAUUUUAUAAUACUUAUUAUAUGUGAUAUUGUAAUAUGCAUUUAUUUUAAAUGCAUCUGGGUCAUUUUUCAUGCAUUGGAUAACUUAAUGCAAAGGAGUUUAAUACUGAUAUUUCAUACGUUCCCCGCAAGUUUUUAUUUGUACAGCACCAUAAAACACUAGCUGGCAAUCCAUGAGCAGCCUCCUUCAAGGUGAAGCACUGAGCAGAAUGCCACUGCUGUCCUCUGUCAGUGAACACCUAAAGAUGUAAACUGUUCAUCGUCUUUUUAAGCUUGCAUUUUCUCUGAUAAGUAGCUUUCUUAUCCAGUGUUGUUUGACUGAGUUCUUUUUUUAUGGCAAUUCCAACGCUGCAUGGGCGCCACUUUGUUUCUGCCUGGUUUUGCGGAAAGGCACCGCGCCGCUGGCCUCCCUUUUUGGUACUUCCCUGCGGAUGGUCCCGGGGAGCCGGCAGAGAGCCGUGACCGUGGCUGUGCAGCUGCGGAGGUGCUGCCCGUCCAGCAGCUUCUGAACAGGUCAGAAAGCUGCGCUGGAUGCAGGGCAGCGAGAGCGCAAAGCUCCUUUGUGCUGCUCCUCCCGAUAGCGCUGGAGUACUGCAAGCCUGCUCCGGGGGAGAAGGUGGCUUUGAAGUCAACUUGCCGUGCUUGCUUUGGAAACCGAGUGCCUCAGGGAGGUGUCCUGCUCGCUCCUGACCUGCUGGGCGUCUUUUCAGCAGUGAAGAUGUCACAGCAGCAGCUGCCGUCCCCGCGAUCGUGGUGGCGGCAGCUGAGAAUGAGGAAUCCCAUGGGGCUUCCGGAGCAAAUGUUCCCAGCACAAAGGAAAACCCACUCGCAAAAGCCGAGCGAAAGCAUCCUGUGAUUUCAGGAGUAACUCGGUCUCUGCAUGACGCCUGGACCUCAUGCAAGUAACGCAAGUUUUCUUGCCUCCUCUGACCGGCGUUCAGUAGCAAAGGAAAAUCCAAGCCUGGCAUCCUCCUCUCACCCUCACGCUUGCCCAUCUUUGCUGCGGUUGCAUGUCCCACGUGCUCGUGCACACCCUGAGCAGUAGCCAAGCUCUCCCCUUCCGCACAUCCCGCCAGCAGGGCUCGUUCCUUACGGUCACUUUAUUGAGUAGCUGGAACGUUGGCGCUCGGAGCAGGAUGCAACUUGUGCUUGGCUGAGGGACGGCAGAGUUUUGAUUUUACAAUACUGUGUUAUCUGUGGUCUAAAAAGGUGAUUUCCCAGGUGGAAACUGUACCUACAGAACCAGAAACUCUUUGGGAUUAAAAGUUUAAAUAUUUGGCACAAAAGAAGUUUAUACAAGUCUGCCUUUAAGUUAUGCU